CAACGAACCGACGACCCAUAAUCCACCACCCGCCCCGAAAGAACAGCGAAGAUGAAGUUCCUCAAGGUCGGACGCGUUGUCAUCAUCACCAGGGGCCGCUAUGCGGGCAAGAAGUGCGUGAUCAUCUCGCCGCUUGACAACGGCACCAAGUCGCACCCCUUCCCCCACGCCCUCGUCGCCGGCAUCGAGCGCUACCCCUCCAAGGUCACCCGCCGCAUGUCGAAAACCAAGCAGGCCAAGAAGAGCAAGGUCAAGCCCUUCAUCAAGCAGGUCAACUACACCCACCUGAUGCCCACGCGCUACACGAUCGAGCUCGAGACCCUCAAGGGCGUCGUGUCCAACGACACAUUCAAGGAGGUUUCGCAGAGGGAGGAUGCCAAGAAGCAGGUCAAGAAGGCGUUUGAGGAGCGAUACCAGUCGGGCAAGAACAGGUGGUUCUUCACCCCGUUACAGUUCUAG